CCGGCUUCUGUGCGUCCGCGAGCCGUCAGCUGUGACCGCGGAUCAGGGAGAGCCUAGCGGAUGAGAGAUGCUUUGAUUCUUAUUCAUGACAACAAUUUGAAGAUCAGCCAAAAAUAUAUCUCGCUCCUUCACAUGACCGGGAUAAAAUGCAGCCGGACGAGACGCAGUAUUUACAACGGAGAUGUAGGAUUGGUGAUAUAGAUGUGCACCCCACAGAGAAGGCUCUAGUUGUGUAUUAUGAAGUGGAAGCAUCUAUUUUAGGGGAAACGGGCAAUGCAAGGCAUGAGGAGAAGAAGGACUGCCAGAAAAUCAUCCGGCUGAGGAGUCUGAACGCCAGCACUGAUAUUUCCGCCCUGGCCAAGAAGGUGGUGGAAGAGUGUAAACUCAUUCAUCCAUCUAAGCUGAAAGAGGUGGAACAUCUGCUGCUGUAUUUACAGAACCGAAAGAAGCCCAGCACUAAAUUGGAGAAGAAGGAGAAGAAAGCUCAGAAACCCAGAGAACUCCUGCUGUUUGAAGGAAUGGAAAUUGAUGAGGAGGCAAAUAUUAAUAAAAUUGAAGAGUACAUAGAGCUGUUGUAUGAAAGCAUCCCUGAGAAGAUCAGAGGCUCAACUCUCAUCCUACAUUUGGCACGUAACCCUGAUAACCUGGAGGAGCUCCUGCAUAACGAAACUGCACUUGGAGCUCUGGCUCGCGUACUGAGAGAGGACUGGAAACACAGUGUGGAGUUAGCAACUACCAUCAUCUAUGUAUUUUUCUGCUUCUCAAGUUUUUCUCAAUUCCAUGGGCUCAUUACACAUUAUAAGAUCGGAGCGCUGUGUAUGAACGUCAUCGAACAUGAGCUGAAGAAAUAUGACCUGUGGCAGGACGAGUUGGAGAAGAAGAGCAAAGCUUGUGAUGAAGACCCCGACAACCAUAGUUUGAGGAAGGAGCAUGAGAAAACCUUCAAGAAAUACCAAAGCCUGCUGGUCAAACAGGAGCAGCUGCUGCGAGUUGCGUUCUACUUGCUGUUAAACCUGUCUGAGGACACUCGCACCGAGCUCAAGAUGAGGAACAAGAACAUUGUGCACUUGCUAGUCAAGUCUUUAGACCGGGAGAAUGAGGAGCUGCUGGUGCUGGUGGUCUCCUUCCUCAAAAAACUCAGCAUCUUCUUGGAGAACAAGAAUGAUAUGGCUGAGAUGGACGUCGUGGAGAAACUGGCUCAUCUGGUUCCAUGUGAACAUGAAGACCUGAUGAAUGUGACUCUGCGGCUUCUCCACAACCUCUCCUUUGAUACGGGGCUGCGAACUAAGAUGGUGCAUGUGGGACUGCUGCCCAAACUCACGGCUCUGCUCGGUGACGACACACACAAGCUUGUAGUGAUGCGCAUCCUUUACCACAUCAGUGUGGAUGACAAAUCCAAAUCCAUGUUUGCGUACACUGACUGCAUUCCUCAGCUCAUGCAGAUGCUGUUUGAACAUGGUGAAGAGAGAAUCGACACUGAGCUCAUCUCCUUCUGCAUCAACCUGGCUGCUAACAAGACCAACUCUCAGAUUAUGUGUGAAGGCAAUGGACUGAAAAUGCUAAUGAGAAGAGCACUUAAACUAAAGGACCCACUGCUAAUGAAAAUGAUUAGGAACAUCUCACAACACGAUGGACCUCUGAAACAGCUGUUCAUUGACUAUGUGGGUGAUCUGGCAGCUCAGAUCAAGAAAGAGGGGGAUGAGGAGUUUGUUAUUGAGUGUUUGGGCACAAUGGCAAACCUCACCAUACCUGACCUGGACUGGGAGCUUCUACUGAAAGAAUACAACCUGGUGCCCUUCCUUAAAGACCACCUCAAACCAGGCUCAGCAGAGGAUGAUAUGAUCCUGGAGGUGGUUAUCAUGAUCGGUACGGUUUCAAUGGACGACUCCUGUGCCGUCAUGCUGGCGAAAUCCGGAAUCAUUCCUGCUCUUAUUGAACUACUCAACGCCCAGCAGGAGGACGAUGAGUUUGUGUGUCAGAUCAUCUACGUCUUCUACCAGAUGGUCUUCCACCAGGCCACCAGAGAUGUCAUCAUUAAGGACACUCAAGCCCCAGCCUACCUCAUCGACCUAAUGCACGACAAAAAUGUGGAGAUCCGGCAGGUGUGUGACAACACUCUGGACAUUAUUGCUGAGUACGAUGAGGAAUGGGGGAAGAAGAUCCAAAGCGAGAAGUUUCGCUGGCAUAACUCGCAGUGGUUGGAGAUGGUGGAGAGCAGACAGAUGGAGGACGGCGAGCCCUACAUGUAUGGAGAUGACCCGGAGGCUCUCGAACAGCCCGAUCUCUUCUACAGCACUGAUGGUAUGAUGAAUCCGGAGCCAGGCAUCAGUCCAGACUUCUACAGCCAGUUUCACCCUCAGAAUGGAGACUUCAACGCCUGUAACGGAUCAGAUGGACGUCCUGCCACAGCCUAUGGCUUUCGUCCGGACGAGCCCUUCUUCCAUGGCUACGGCUCUACCAGAUAAAGCUGCUCCGUAACACCAUCUACAUGUUCACUACAGCAACACUCAAAUACUUCAAACCAACCAGUUCAUUCAACAAACCCUUAGAUUCAAAGAGACACCAGGAAAAUGCUUAGUGAUGCUAUUAAGAGAUGAUCUAUAGGGACUUUUUUCUGUUGAACACGAAAGAAGAUAUUCUAAAGAAUGUUUUAAAAAAUGCUACUGAUAUCCAUAGUAGAAAUAAAUACUACGGAAGUCAAUGGCUAACAACUCUGUAGUUUUCUAAAUGAAUAUCUUCUUUUUGUGUUCACCAGUCAAAGGAAAACAAACAGGUUUGGGACGAGUGGAAAAUGAGUAAAUGAUGACAUGAUGAUCAUAUUUUCUGGGGUUAUUGGUGGGUGAACUAAUUCUUUAAUAAUUUUAAUGUAUAUUAUUAAGCAGAUUGGUGGUCUAAGUACAUUUAAAUAUGAAUGUAUAGAUCUGUUUAUCUGAUCGUUCAUGAAUAAAAUCAAUACUUAGUUGUAAGGUGUUGAUAUUAUUUAUGAAAGUUCAGAUAUAGUGCUGUAGUCUUAGAUCUGAGCGACACAUACAGGGUAAAGUUGAAUGAAAGUAUCUGAGCUAAAUAUGAUUACAGUUACAUCUGACCUUCAGAAUAGUCUUCAUUUAUUUAUGUUUUGCUUAACAUUUUAUGUUAAUUUGUUUUUAUAUUUCAGGAAGUUCACUUUAACACUAUAUUCACUGAACUGGAAUAGAUUUGUUCAAAUCUUCAUAAUCACUAAAUAUUAGUCAUCCAAAAUGCUGUUAAUUGAUCUUUUGCAAAUUAUAAACUAUAUGUAAUAACCUCAUACAUACAUUUAUAUCAACAGCUUCAUGAAAACGUAGCAUUACUCACUCUAUGGAAAAUAAUACCUUGCACUAUUCAAAUAAUAUUUAGCAGAAAUACUUAGUGUGUUUGUCGAAUAGCACAUAAUACAUCUCUGACAUAUUUAUGAAUGAACUACCUAACAAUGUGCAGGAUUCAUUGCUGUGAAACUCCUCUAGUUGUAUAAUCCUAUAAUAAGGUGCUAAAUGUUGCCUCUGGUUGUUGUUUUUUAUGUCAUUGUUUUUACUUGAGAUGUAGCACGCGUCCGUCUUAUUUUACAGUACUGUAAUGCUGUUUUAAGUUAUGACAAUGAAUUCAGGAUUCGAUCGCUCUGUGAUUCCAGACCCAAAUCGUGCCUCCUGACAUCUCGGCCUUUGCUGCUAGAAUGAUCCUGUGAGUUUAACAGACUAAUGUGAAUCGACUGUCCUUUACUGCAAAUGGAAGAAAUAAAGACCAUGCAC